AAUUAUUUGAUGUUUUGUACUCUGGUUUUGCAUAAUAUAUAACGGGAAGCCUGCUGGCAUGUAAUACACCAAACCCACCAUUGUUUAUCUAGUAACUAGUAGCUUGCUAAGGCCUCAUCCAUUCAGCCAUGGCCAAGAUCGCUCUCGGAUCCUCCCGGGAGGCUACCCAGCCCGACUGCCUUCAGGCUCUCGUCGUUGAAUUUGUUACCACCUUCCUGUUCGUCUUCGCCGGUGUUGGUUCCGCCAUGGCCGUAGAAAAGCUAGGAGCAGACGCACUGGUAGGGUUGUUUGCCGUGGCCGUGGCACAUGCGCUUGUGGUGGCUACCAUGAUAUCGGCCGGCCACAUUUCCGGGGGCCACCUUAACCCAGCCGUAACGCUCGGCCUCCUGGUGGGCGGUCACAUCACCCUCUUCCGCUCCAUACUUUAUUGGAUCGACCAAUUACUGGCAUCCUCCCUCGCUUGUUACCUGCUUUACUACCUCUCCGGCGGACUGACAACUCCAGUGCACACGCUUGCAAGUGGAGUGGGGUACGCUCAGGGAGUGAUAUGGGAGAUCAUCCUGACGUUUUCGUUGCUGUUCUCCGUGUACGGCACUAUGGUGGAUCCAAAGAAGGGAGCCAUUGGUGGGCUUGGGCCCACCCUGGUCGGGUUUGUCGUGGGGGCUAACAUCCUGGCUGGAGGGGCCUUCUCCGCUGCUUCGAUGAACCCAGCAAGAUCGUUUGGGCCUGCUUUGGUCAGUGGGAAUUGGACCGAUCACUGGGUUUACUGGGUCGGCCCACUCAUUGGGGGUGGCCUUGCUGGCUUCAUCUAUGAGACCUUCUUCAUCGACCGAUCCCGUGCCCUGCUUCCUCAUGAUGAGGAAAAUCGCUAGCCACUAGCUAGCUACCACUAUUUCUGCCUUAUCUACCUCUCCCCAUCUCUCCUACUGUAUAACUAAUCAAACCGUGUUAUUCAUCUCAGCCCAUGUAAUUUCAUGUGUGGUGUUGUCGGUGGUGGAGACCAGUGUAAUGUAAUCCUCUAAAUGCUUCUGUUAAGUUGAGAUGAUGGCUUUAUGUGCUUUUCCCAUUAUUUAAGAUUAA